AUGGAGGGUCGAAGAAAUAUUAUUCUGACAGCUAUUUGUGCGUCUAAACAAUUGUUCGAAUCGUUGUUUAGUAAAGCAGUGGAAAGUAGUGAUGAGGAAGAGGAACAAUUGGCUGAGGCAUUUUUAUUGGAAGCCCAUUUAAGAUUACGUGGUUCGUCAAAAAAUGCUGUACGAAUUGAAGGUUAUGUGGAAAUGACAGUCCCAAGGUUUAAUGCAAAACAAUUCCGUGAACAUUAUAGAAUGUUGCCUAGCACAUUUGAACUGUUAGAAAAUCGUCUUGGGCCUAUUUUGACGGGAAACCCUAGCAAUAAACCUUGCAUUCCUGUUCGUACGCAAUUACUUGCUUCACUGUGGCUGUUAGCAACACCAGAUUCUUUUAGGUUUGUAGGUCUGAAACAUAAUCUCGCUAAGUCAUCCUUGAAUGCCAGUGUUCAGCGAGUUGUUGCAGCUCUUAAUGAUAUAGCAGGAAAUGUUAUUAGAUGGCCAGCAGGAGAUCGCCUUGAUAUUGUGAAGCAAAAGUUUCAAUGUCUUUCCAAUAUGCCAAAUGUAAUUGGUGCAAUUGAUGGCUGUAAUAUAAGCAUUGAUGCUCCUAAGGAACAUUCACUGCAUUAUAAAACAAGAAAAAAAGAUUAUGCUGUGGUUCUCCAGGCAGUCUGUGACUCAGAACUAAGAUUUACUGACUGCUUUGCUGGUUAUCCUGGUUCAGUGGGUGAUCGACGUAUUUUUCGAAACUCGGACUUAUUCUUGGCUGCAGAACAUAAUGUGAAUGCUUUCUUCCCAAAUGGUGAAUACAUCAUAGCUGAUAAAGCAUAUCCCGUAUUAUUAUGGUGCAUUUCUCCCUACAUUGACAAUGGCCGUUUAACACGAGCACAGAAACGCUUUAUUUCAAUACUAUCAAAGUCGAGACAAGUCAUUGAACGUUGUUUUGCACUAUUAAAAGGAAGAUUUCGACGAAUGAAGCAUUUAGAAAUGAAAAGAAUAGACUUAAUUCCAAGUUUUAUUCUUGCUUGUUGUGUGCUGCACAACAUUUGCUUGGAUGGGCUUGAAGAGUGUGAGGUAGAAGAAGAUAAUGUUGAUGAUUUCAUUGAGGAAGGGCUUCAAGUAAUAGGACAACAAGUACGGGAGGAUGAUGAUGAUAACAAUGUAGGCUUUCAAGAGGGUGAAGCCAAGAGAAAUCGUUUUGUAGCCCUUUUUGAAAAAAAUAAUUGAUAGAUCGUAUUAUUAUAUGUGAUGCUUACACGUAUAAUAAAUCAUGUAAAUAUGUUAGUUUUAAUACAUUAAUUAUAUUUCUUAUUUUAUUUAUGACUAUAUU